CUCUCGUUUGUUGCUGUUUGUUCGUCCUUGGCGUUUCUCUCUCUUAUCCUCGGUCCUGAUCAUAGUGAUCAACCUUCGUGCCCGCGCGCGCGCAUUAACCUUUCCUUCUGUGUGUCUGCGUUGAGGGUUCUUCUGGUUCUCCCCUUUUCCUUCUUUUUCUUGCUCUCUUCCUCACCUUAAUUAUUUUCUUGGGAACCAAACAAGUUAAUCAAUGAUGCUAGAUCUUCAAACAGUUUGCUGCUUGUGCGGCGAUAUUGGUUUCCCUGAUAAGCUUUUUCGCUGCAACAAAUGCCGCCAUCGCUUCCAGCACUCGUAUUGCAGCAACUACUAUGGCGAAAUCCCUGAGAUUGAACUGUGUGAUUGGUGUCAAAGCGAAGAGAAGGACGGAAGCCACAUCGGCUCUUACUAUCCGAGGAGAUCGUCAGCCAGAAACGACGUCGGAUCAUCGACCAGCCGGUCUGAAUAUUCCACUGAGAAGGUCAAGCAACAUCAUGAUCGUGAAGAUCACAGUGAUGGUGGCUGUGAUAAGGGCCAACCCGCCGGCGCCGGCGCGCCUUCACCACGACCCGGCACACGCAGGUACAAGCUUCUCAAGGAUGUUAUGUGCUAGAAGGAAGAAGAGAGGACACAAGUUGUAAGAUUAAAUACUUGUGUUAAUAUGAAGACUUGUUGAUCGGCGAUCUAUGAGAUAUUUUAUAAGUGUUCAUUGAGUCUAGAAGUACGUCCUAAGCUGACGGCCAACUCACAUCAACUUUAAAUUUUUGUAUCAAGAAAAAGGAAGUAGAGAGAAAAAGCAAAGGGUCUAAAAUCAAAAAGAAAGUUAAGGCAGUAUAGCUUGUUCAAUUCUCAAGCCUUUGAUUAAUACUAUAGUUUUUGAGUGGCUUUGUCAGUAUAAAGAAGACUCCCCCAUGGACAAUCCAUGCCAUGAGUUUCAUGUUCUUUCUGAACAUUUUGCUUACGAUUAAAAGAACCGCAAAAUUUUGGUGCA